AUGGCCUCGACAAAAGCUGUCAUUCUGGUCGGAGGCCCCUCGCGAGGCACUCGAUUCAGGCCACUGUCGCUGGAUGUGCCCAAGCCACUCUUUGACGUCGCCGGCCAUCCGAUUAUUUACCACUCGCUGAAAGCCGUCGCCAAAGUGCCAGGUCUCCGUGAAGUCGUCCUGGUUGGGUACUACGACGAGACCGUGUUCCGGGACUUCAUCAAGGACGCGGGCAAAGAAUUCCCCCACCUGCGCAUUCAAUACCUGCGAGAAUACCAAGCUCUGGGCACCGCUGGGGGUCUGUACCAUUUCCGCGAUGCGAUUCUGAAGAACAAGCCUGAGCGCUUCUUUGUGCUCAACUCGGAUGUCUGCUGCUCAUUCCCGCUCGGGGAAAUGCUGGACCUCUUCGAGGAGAAGGACGCCGAAGCCGUCAUUCUGGGAACGCGAGUCGGCAACGACGCAGCAACCAACUUUGGUUGCAUUGUAUCUGACGCGCACACGAAGCGAGUUCUGCACUAUGUCGAAAAACCAGAGUCGCACAUUUCGAACCUGAUCAAUUGCGGUGUCUACCUGUUUGCGACGGAAACCAUCUUCCCCUCGAUCCGCAGCGUCAUCAAGCGCCGCACCACCCGUCCUCGUUUGGUUUCGUACCCGUCGUCCGAGAACCUCGAGUCGUCGUUUAUUGCCGAAGACGAAGACGCUGAGAAGCCAGAAAUGCUGCGUUUGGAGCAGGACAUUCUCUCCGACCUUGCCGAUAGCAACCGUUUCUUCGUUCACGAGACCAAAGACUUUUGGCGCCAGAUCAAGACAGCCGGCUCAGCUGUGCCAGCCAAUGCCCUUUACUUGCAGCAGGCCUUCCAGGCGCAGUCGGACGAACUCAUCGCCCCCUCUGCCGUCAUCGUGCCCCCCGUCUACAUCCACCCGACGGCUGAAGUUGACCCAACGGCGAAAUUGGGUCCCAACGUGUCCAUCGGACCCCGUGCCAUUGUUGGCGCUGGUGCCCGAGUCAAGGAGGCAAUUAUCCUUGAGGAUGCAGAGAUCAAACACGACGCCUGCGUGCUGUACGCGAUUAUUGGCUGGGGCAGCCGUGUCGGCGCCUGGGCCCGUGUCGAAGGCACCCCGAUUGUGGCGGGCAGUCACUCGACAAGCGUGAUCAAGAACGGUGUCAAGGUCCAGAGCAUUACGAUAUUGGGUAAAGAGUGCGGUGUGGGCGAUGAAGUCCGUGUCCAAAACUGUGUGUGUCUGCCGUACAAGGAACUGAAACGGGAUGUUACAAACGAAGUCAUCAUGUAG